CUGAAUACUCUCAAACAUUGGAGUGAAACACAAAACGCCAUGAGAGAUGAGAGGAGAUGAGAACAUGUUCAAACCCCUUUUACUUUUCUUCCUUUCUUUUUUUUUUUUAAAGCAGAGGAAUUCUAUCUCGGAAUAAGAAAGAAACGUCACGCACACAUGCGCAUAUAGGGUGCCACACUGACGCAUCGCUUGUUGUAUAGUCAAUUGGAUGUUUCUCUUUUUUUUUUACUGCUGGACUGAGGCAUCCCUGUAGCAGAUAAUUGUUUUUUUUUUUCUUUUCCGCAUUCAACAGUGUUUUCAAUCCGAGGGGCGAGAGUCGCGGUUUGCAGCACGGACGCGGAGAGAUGCGCCCGAGUGCGGAGCCGUCUCACCCUUUGAGGACGGAGGCGUAAUUUUAAGGCUGAGCUGAGGCGAAGCGCGGUUCUCAUGUGAAGUCUCACCAGUGUUUCCGACGAUGCCGACCUGGACACUUUCACCAUGGACAUGCGGGCUUUGAGAAUUUGCCACAGGAGCCUGAUUUGGGCGGCUAUUUUGGCGCAUCUGGAGGGAAAUUACGCACAGCUCCAAAGCUUUAAAGUGUGAAUCUCAGAAGAAACAAAUGUACGUGGAUUGAUUUUCCCCCCCUGUUCUCUCCUCUCAGCAUUCCCUUAGUCAGUCGACGGAUUUCUUUUUCUUUUUUUCUUUAUUUUUGUGCCAUUACAGCUCAGUAGAGGGUGUCAGAUCUUUCUUAGAGCACCGCGCAACGACGAACACGGUCCCCGCGUUCCAUUUUUGGUGAUUCCCGAAUCGCCACGAGAAAAAAAGAAGCAAAGGGGGGGAAAAAAAGAGACACAGGGUGGUGGGGGUGGUGUUGGUGUCUGUGGUGGUGCCAGUAGGACGGAGAGAAACGGCGCAAACGAGCGAGGCAGGCACGCCGGAGAAUGUGAGGGGGGGAUGCGGGUGUUUUGCAGCGGUGGCAUAGCCUGUGAAGCUCCAGCAGCAGCAGCAGCAGCAGCAGCGGGGUGUGAAUUCAGCACCGGGGGAGCGGGGACAGCUCCAGACGCCGCAGCGCAGCACGACCGCGGACCGGAGGAGACAGAGCAGUACGCACGGAUUUGUUCACGUUUAUCCCCCUCCUCCUCCUCCUCCUCGUUGCCAAGGUCAGUCUUUAACGAACUGAGAAAAAAAAAAAAAAAGCCAAAAGAUGCGUGGGUCUCGGCUGCAGCUCGCUGUUUUUGAUUUUCAUCGCCAACACGCGGCGCCUGCGAGGAUUCAGUCGACGUGAAAGAGACGUUUAUGUGGCGAUUUCCACACUGCGAGUCUGGAGCAGCGCGGCUUAUAGACGCAGCAUGGAUGUGUGAUUAAAAGAGAGAAGAAACAGAGACUGCCUUAUCUCCUCCGGAAAAUGUCUAUCUCUCCCUCCGUUCUCCCACAGCUCCUAUGUCUUGACACCCGGGAAUGAAUCGUCCACGUUGAAAAAUGCUGCUCUGGAUCGUCCUGCUGAAUGCGGCUCUUUGUGUUGCCAGUGGGAAUGUUACAAAGGACGUUUGUAAGGAGCAGAUAUGCUCCUGCAACGACGUCGAGGGGGAUCUGCACAUAGACUGCGAAAAGAGGAGCUUCACCACGCUGCAGCAUUUGACCGGCCCCAGCUCGCAGUUCUACCACUUGCUGUUGCACGGGAAUUCACUGUCCAGGCUGUUCCCCAACGAGUUCGCCAACUUUUACAACGCGGUGAGCUUGCAUUUGGAAAACAACGGCUUGCACGACAUCGUGCCCGGCGCGUUCCUGGGGCUGCAGCUGGUGAAGAGGCUGCACAUCAACAACAACAAGAUACGAUCGUUCAGGAAGAGCACGUUUCUGGGGUUAGACGACUUGGAAUACCUGCAAGCUGAUUUCAAUCUACUGAGGGACAUCGACCCCGCCGUUUUCAGGGACCUAAAUAAACUUGAAGUGUUAAUCCUUAACGACAACCUCAUCAGCGCGCUACCUAUAAACGUGUUCCAACAUGUGCCCAUUACGCAUCUCGACCUGCGGGGGAACCGAAUCAAAACGGUGCCUUAUGAGGGGAUCCUCGAGCAGAUACCGGGCAUUGCGGAGGUUUUGCUGGAGGACAACCCAUGGGACUGUAACUGCGACCUGGCUUCUCUGAAGGAAUGGCUGGAGAACAUACCGCAUAACGCGCUUAUUGGAAGGGUGAUAUGCGAGGCACCCACCAGGCUGCAGGGGAGCGACCUGAACGAGACGUCAGAGGAGGAUCUGUGUCCUUCACAGAGCGGCGGCGUGGACACCAGCCUGGUCGCCCCUCCCACCCAGGAGGAGACCUCAGUCACAGUGGCCCGUGGCCCCCGUCCCACGCCUUACAAGCCCAGCGGAAACGCCAGCGGCCCGCCGACACCUGGCGGCCACGGAGCCAAGAGCCGCUCCAAAUCUCGUGAGAACUGGCAGCUGAAAACUAAGCCCACUCCAGUGGGGACAGGUGUAAGCGGCGAAAGAGAGCAGCUGCACAACAUCACGUGCCCCCAGCCGUGCAACUGCAAGCUGGUGGGCUCCAGACAGGGGCUGGGGGUCAACUGUGAGGGCAAAAAGAUCGAGAGCUUAGCCAACCUCAAGCCCAGGCCCUUGGUAGCGCACGAGUUGAACAUGAGAGAUAACAACAUCCAUGGAGUGAAAAAGAACCAGCUGUUGGCCUACUCCAGCCUCAACCAGCUGGAUCUGGGUGGCAACAACAUCAAGAUGAUUGACAACGGCACUUUCCAGAACCAGAGCGAGCUCAGGUGGCUUUAUAUGGAUAAGAACUAUCUGGAUACGCUGCUAGCAGAGAUGUUUGUGGGCCUUGUGAAUCUGGAAUAUCUCAGUUUGGAAUACAACGACAUCCAGCUGAUAGUGGCAGGCGCGUUCGGCCCCAUGCCCAAUCUGAGGGUUCUGCUCCUCAACAACAACUUGCUCAAGGCUUUACCUGUGGAUGCUUUUCUUGGGAUUUCUUUAUCCAAAAUUAGCCUGCAUAAUAAUUAUUUCCCCCACCUCCCCGUGGCUGGCGUCUUAGACCAGCUCAAUUCAAUCAUACAGAUCGAUUUGCACGGGAACCCCUGGGAUUGCUCGUGCAACAUCGUGCCCUUCAAGCAGUGGACGGAGAAACUCGGGGCCGAGGUGAUAGUGGGCGACCUCAAGUGUGAGUCCCCGGAAGAGUUCUGGAAACGAGAUUUCCGCUUCGUCCGGAACGACCUCAUGUGCCCGAGACUCUACGACCGCAUCGCCCCGACCACGCUGUCCAAAAACAGCACUUUCACCCUGGACUCGGGGACGCGCUCAAACUCUUACUUGGAGCCCAACAGGGUCUCCAUCUCGGUGCUCGUCCCCGGGUUGCUGUUGGUGUUCGUCACGUCCGCGUUCACCGUUGUGGGGAUGCUUGUCUUUAUUUUGCGGAACCGAAAGAGGUCAAAGCGGAGGGAGGGGAACUCGUCCGCCUCGGAGAUCAAUUCCUUGCAGACAGUGUGCGACUCGUCUUAUUGGCACAGUGGGCCUUAUCACGCAGACGGGGGCGCACACCGGGGCUUCGACUGCAGCACGCACCUCUCCACAACAAAUGACGCGUAAAAAUAAAAGGGGGAGGGGGGGGUGACUCUCGUACAAUAAACCUGGAUUACAAACAGUCAAACGGGACAAGGACUGACAAAUGACUAAAAAACAGCAAGAAUCCCCUGCUUUUGUUCACCACGGGGGGGAACACAGACUUGUUAAUGUCUUAUUUUCUCCAGCUGAAGCAAGUAAGUCAGUCUGCUGCUGCACAGGCCCCACUCUGUAAUAUAUGUAUAUGCCAAGCCCCCCCCCUCCUCCUCCUCCUGGCUACCACCCCUUCCUCCCUCCUCCUCCUCCUCUUCCUCCUCCUCCUCCCAGUUCUGCUAUUUGCCGCAAUCGGACUACACGGAUCAGUGUGAGACAGAAAAGAGGGAGAGAAAAAAGGAGCGAGGGAGAGGGCGUGUGUGAGUGUGUGUGUGUGUUUGUGUGUGUGAGAUAGAGAGAGAGAGAGAAAGAAAGAGAGAGAGAGAGAAAGAAAGAAAGAGAGCGAGGCCGAGGACCCGGGGAAUGGUGCACGAACGCAUGAAUGUAAAUGUAAAUACUCGGACUGAUGUAACAUAAUCUGCAUGAUGAUAUUUCGCAUGGUUUCAACACACACACGUCGGCGAGGAACCAUAACCACCAUAACCAACAAAGAAGCCAACUCGACCCUUUCAUGUUAUAUCAAUAUGACGACUAUAUAUAGAUAUUAAGAAUUAUGUAUGACUAUUACAAAGUGCCAUUUCUCUAUUUUUUGUGAACCUGCAGUUAGGAUUUGUAUUUGUUGUUUUAAACUUGUUUGGAGAAAAGAGAACAUAAAAGAAAAAAAACCAACAACGGAUCAUGGGGACUAUCUGGAGACAAAAGGGGGAAGCGAUGGAAGUGAAGCUGUCAGUGCAUGUUACUUUCUGUUUGUUAUCAUUUGAUUGUCGAUAAAUAUUGGGGUUAUUUAUACCGUAACUAGAUGGUGCAGAUUAAAGAUCCACAGUCUGCGCAGUCAUCAUCUCCUUUAUGAAUGUAAAACUGUGUUAUUUUAUGGUGUGCCAAUUGUUGACUUUCAGAUAUUCAGACAUGCAGAUGAGCAUGACCAAUUAACGUCACUCAGAUGCUUAUGCUGCAAAGUUAAUGUAGCUACAAUAACAGUUCUGUGGUUUUGUGUGUCAAUGAAUAUAGCCUGCUUUGGGUGAGAGGAAGAAAAAAAAACAAACAAGCAAUUCAAACAGGGGGGUUUAUACCAUCAUAUUUUUUCAACAACUGAUUAAAGAGGUGUUUUCAAUCGAGCUAUGUAGGUUUAAUUCGAUCUAUGUAAACAGCCGCAGGUAGACUGAUAUAGACUAGAAUGCUUUUUUUAAAUGUCAGAAAAAAAAGUAUUCCUCCACAAGAAAAAAAAGCUUAUGGCUAUAAUUCACCUUCAUCAUAUUGUGAGCUUUUGUAAAGCCAUCUAACCUUGUCCAAAUAAGAGAACUGAAACUCACUGUAUUUACUACAAAAUGUGCUUGAAACAGGCUGUUUGUG